GCACAAUGUCGCAGGCAGAUGCUUGCGUAUGCCUGGUAAAAGAGAACACAGAGACCUACUUGGCAAUUAUGUCGAUGCAUGUCUCCCAUCUCAAUUCUCAACAAUGGACAGAGCUACCUAUAUAAGAGGUGGUACAUACCUCCUCUCGAUCUGAACAACAAUAACCCUCCAACAUCUCUCCAAUCUUCUGAUACCAAGACUCGGAAACAUGGCCUUCGCUGUAGCACCUAAACCCAAGUCCCUUCUGGGUUACCACCAGGUGCUGUCGCCCACAGCUGGUGUCAAAGUCUCUCCUCUGUGUCUGGGCUGUAUGAACUUCGGUGAUGCAUGGAGUCCUUUCAUGGGCGAGUGCAACAAGGAGCAGUCCUUUGCAAUCAUGGAUACCUUCUACGAGCAUGGCGGGAACUUCAUCGAUACCGCAAACGCAUACCAGGACGAACAAUCCGAGGAAUGGAUAGGAGAGUGGAUGAAGAAACGCGGAAACCGUGAUCAGAUGGUCAUCGCCACAAAAUACACAACCGGCUACCGCCGCGCCCACGUCACCACGGAACCCAUCCAAUCCAACUACGUUGGCAACUCCGUCAAAUCGAUGCACCUCUCCGUCAACCGGAGCCUCCAGAAGCUGCAAACAGACUACAUCGACCUCCUCUACGUGCACUGGUGGGACUUCACCACCAGCGUCGAAGAAGUAAUGCACGGCCUCAACACCCUCAUCUCCGCCGGGAAGGUCCUCUAUAUUGGUAUCUCCGAUAGUCCGGCGUGGGUGGUCGUCAAAGCGAACGACUACGCGCGCGCGAAUGGGCUGCGUCCGUUCUCCGUCUAUCAGGGCAAGUGGAAUGCCGGGGUUAGGGAUCUCGAGAGGGAGAUUGUCCCCAUGUGUCGCGAUCAGGGGAUGGCGAUUGCGCCAUUUGCGACGUUGGGGCAGGGGAGGUUUAGGGUCGAGAGGGAGGGGGAGGAGGAGGGGGGCAAGGUAUAUACUGGUUCUACGAGGGGAAAGGAGCAGACGGAGAACGAUGUGAAGGUGUCAGAGGCGUUGGAGAAGGUUGCGAAGCGGAAUGGGACGGGGAUUCAUGCUAUUGCAUUCGCGUAUAUCCGGUUCAAGACGCCUUAUAUCUUCCCCAUCCUGGGACAGCGGAAGAUCGAGCAUCUCAAGGCCAAUAUCGAGGCCCUGAGUAUCGAUCUGUCGAAGGAGGAUAUGGAUGAGAUCGAUACCGCCAUUCCGUUCGAUCCUGGAUUCCCGGUCAACUCCAUCGUUCGUGAUGGUUACAGUACUUCGUUCACUGCAGCGGAUGUCUUCGCUACGAAGUGGACGACUCAUAUUGAUGCUCCUACGCGGGAGAUGCCCGUUAGGCCAAGGAAGGAUGUUUAGGGAUAUUGGGUAGAUGUAUAACCU